GUCCUGUCGCCUCACGUGAAGGUGAAGCUCAGAGAAAAUUCUUUAGUCUUCAGUGCGUGUCCCAUCAAAUUGGCAAUGGCAAUGGCCCGGCGGCAAUUCUACACCAGUCGAUGCAUAAUACAUUUUCACAAAACCUCCAAUAAAUUGUUUGCUGUUUAUAUGAAAACGGCAAAUCUAAUGCAAAACUUUAACGUGCUCAAGCGUUCGCUAUAAAGCAGCAGCAGCAGAAGGUGCGUUGGUGGAGAAGGGGCGAAUAACGCCGCCAUCGCAGUCUCAGUCUCUGCUGCCGUUGCGGCCGCCUAGAGUCACCAAUAAUUUGACAGCAUUCGCGUAUAUGUUAGUGUGUGAAUUACAUCAAUUAUUAAGCGAUUUAAGCGGCCUAAACACAAAACUCCAAAAAGUGCACAACAAAAAAAAACAAAACAAAAAUCUAUAGCAGUUCUUGCAAAAUAA